AUGGCUGGAGCUGUACGUCAGCCGAUCGAUAUUUCAGCUCUGGAGCGGUAUAUUGACAAGAAUGUUCCGAUUAUCAAGACCCCCUUGGAAAUAAAGCAGUUCGGCUUCGGCCAAUCGAACCCGACGUACCAGCUCAUUGCGGCGGAUGGAAACAAGUUUGUGAUGCGCAAAAAGCCCCCAGGCAAGCUGUUGUCGAAGACCGCGCACAAGGUGGAACGGGAAUAUAAGAUCAUCCAUGCGUUGGAGCAAACGGAUGUGCCCGUUCCAAAAGCGUACUGCCUGUGCGAAGACAGUAGCGUCAUCGGGACCCCCUUUUAUAUCAUGGAGUUCCUGGACGGAAGGAUAUUCAUCGAUCCUACUAUGCCGGAAGUUGGCGCGGAGGAACGAAAUGCACUCUGGAAAGAUGCAGUCCGCACCUUAGCCAAGUUCCACCGUGUCGUUCCCAAGAAAGUUGGACUGGAGGAUUUUGGACGGUCGUCGGGAUUCUAUGAUCGACAGAUCGCCACUUUCACCACGAUCUCAAAGGCCCAAGCCCAGGCUGUGGAUGUGGAGACGAAUGAGCCCGUAGGCGAUAUCCCCCACUUUAUGGAGAUGGUGGACUUCUUCCAGAGCCAAGAAACGCAGCCGAAGGAUCGCGGCACCCUCGUGCACGGCGACUACAAGAUUGACAACAUGAUCUUCCACCAGACCGAGCCCCGGGUCAUUGGCAUUCUCGACUGGGAGAUGGCCACCGUCGGCCACCCGCUGUCCGACUUCUGCAACCUCACGAGUCCCUAUUUCCUGGAGGGGACUGAUUACAAGCUUGAGCAAUUCCAGCCUGGCGCUACACCGGGCCUACCAACACGCGAAGACUGUGUGCGGUGGUACCGCGAGUCCGCAGGGUGGGACCCCACGGAAGAAAUCAUUUGGGGCGAUGCUUUCUUUGCGUGGAGAAGCUCAGUAAUCAUGCAGGGAAUCAAGGCCCGGUAUGCGCUAAGACAGGCUAGCAGUGCGCGGGCAGCAGAGUAUGCCCAGAAGACGGUACCGUUUGCGCUGGGAGCAUGGGGACGGGUGCAAAAGGUGCAGGCGGCGCUCCAACGCCAGCGCGGCAAGUUGUAG